UAAAGUUUUCUAGGUAAUUACACAGGGAAAGUACGCUUAGCUUAACGUUCUGCAGUGUUUUUGUUUAUUUAUCAACAAGCAACAUCAAGUCACAUCCUAAAAUAGAAUCUCAAGAUUCAACAUAAGGAUUUCUUUCUAGUGUAUUCUAUAACAAACAAUCAUUCCCCAGAUAGCAUACCCAUCUAAUUCGCUGAUUCACCCACAUUACCAAGUUGGAAAGAAAAGGUAACAAUAGCUUUUUGCUAAUCUGCAGGGGAUACAUGUGACAAUAGCUACCUUAGCUACCCCCCCGCUAACACACUGCUCAUCGACGACACCGUGCUCUCAAGUCACUGGCCCGGAUCCAAAUAAUAAGUCUCAUUAAACCCUUGCUCGGACCCCUGGGCAGUGCAACCCCCAGCUGCCUCACUUUUGGUACUUAUCGACUAUUGGCCAAUCGCGCCCAAUCGAGAUGGCCGUUGUUCCCUCGAGAGUCGAGAUCCCAAGUAUCCUAAGUGAUACGAGCUCCAGUGAAAGUGACCACUCUUCUCACGACAGCUUCAAAUCCAAUGGCUCUGCCCUUCGUGAUAUUUCUAUCUCUCAGCUCCAGAAUCGCUCAAAUGUCUGCUCUAACCUAGCAAUUGAUUCACUUACUAGCUGCUUAAAGAAGCUUCAAAUAGACACAGAAACUUGCAACACCAGUCUCAACUGGUGCGAUAACCCAAAGAAUCAGGGUCGACGUCGCUUAACAAGGCCAGCAAUCGCUGCUAAUACCUUUGACGUUCUCGAAACCGUUCCUGAAGACGAGUCGCCACUCACAUGUACAUCCAGUUCUCCCAAUAUUUCUAAUAAGACACAAUAUUGCUUCAGACUGCCAGCUUCAGCAAUUGAGAAAUUUUCGGGUCAUACUCUAGUCGAGAUUGCGCGUAAAGGCAUAUCCUCGGCCAAAGAGCAAUUAGCAAAACAUCGCGAGGGCUGGUUUGAAGGAAUAAUUUCUACAAGAAUACCUGUUGAAGCUUCUAUUACAGAGUCGGGUAGUACGCCAAGUUUCAAAGCGAUACACCUUGGAUUCAAUCUCUUACCUAUCAGCGAUACCACCGCGCGCGGAACUCCAACUGAAACUGAUGCUCUUACCAGCUUUAUAGCUCUCGUAACACCAUUGGCUCCUGGAGAGGAAGUUCUAGCAGACGACGAACAGCCCACGAGAGAAAACAUGGCUCUUGCAGAACCUAGUCGCAACCACCUCACGCCGGUGAAGGGACAACCAGUACCUUCAAACAAUGGAACCCAACAACCCACACCUACUUCUAGUCCAGCUAGGGACAAGGAUAGACAUAUUGAGGUUGUUAUCCCAAGAUCACCCGCACAGCCCAUCGCUAGGAUCGAGGAUUCCGUGGAGGCGCUCGACGAACUUGAAGAACAGUUAGAGGCAUUCGAUGAGGCAGCUCACUUCAAGCGAAUCAUCUCGCCGAAGAGCCCGGAUACGGAAAAUAAACCCUUAGUACCACUGUUAUCUGUAACGACCGCCGAGACAACACGGUCUGUAACUCCCCAACCGAGGCGAUCUGCUUCAUUGUUGAGCAGCUCUACCUCUGCGAGAGCACAGUCAACCAGCGAACCCCGACGUUCUGUUCGCAAGUCGGCGUCUAUGAUUUUCCUUGAUCCUCCAAAAUUGAAGAGUGAGGAUAAACCGGUGACCCAAGCUCCGCCGAAGAGGUCAUUUCUCAAAGGCAUAGCGAGUCUUCUGCCACCCAAACAGCCACCCAAAUCGAACAAGAAACCCACCAUUCCGGCAUUCGAAUUACCCGGAGACGAAGUGGCUCGAAAAUUAAAGGAAAAACGUGAGGCCCGCAUGUCGAUACAAGCAAUCACGGAACAAGCAACGAAGCCAACUCUGUCAAGCCUCAGACGUUCCAAGUCAACCAAGAUGCCAACACGGCCUAACUUCGAGUUGCCCGGAGAAGCCAUCUCUCGUCGUAAAAGGGAAGAGCGUGAAGCGCAGCUGAAAGCACAAGAAGAAGAGGAACGGAAGAGAAGGGAGUUCAAGGCCAGACCAAUUCGAAUCAAUACUACACCCAGUACAUUUCCUCGUGACACAGUUGCAAGCCGGGCUCGACAAAGUAAAGUACAUUUAGUGGAAAAUUCGACUCACCAGGUUUCAAACAAAACCGCGCCAACAACCGCAAAGACCACGCCUCGCUCUCCUCUUUCAAAGACAAACAACCAGUGCCAACCGCGGGGCCGAGGACUACAGCCACAUCAACCCGGAGCGCAGCCACCUCGUGGUAGUUCAAGUUCUACAACGGAUAGCACCAGUGCACAGCAUAGUUCGGUGUCACUGGAAGAGAUACAACAGCAGAGGCUACGCGGUCAGGAGAUUUACAAACGGGAUAAUUCCUGGACCAGCCAGCGAGAGCGUGAGCGACGCGAGCGAGAAGCGCUGGCUAAACUAGCACGAGAAGAAGCAGCCGAACGAUCUCGACAGCAGAGCCGCGAGUGGGCGGCGAAGCAAGCGAGGAAGAGAAUGACAGUCUCCUCAUUAUGCGACGUCAUGCCCUAAAAAAAAUGCAUAUUAGCAAGACAAACAUUGCUCAUUAGGGGUAUAUCAGUGGAGGGACUGAAGUGUAAUAAUAUGUGUAUUUGCAUAGUGCGGUAGGGGGGGAG